AUGGAUGAUUUUUGGAAAAAAUCAUUUGAAAUAAAGGCAUUGCAAAAAUUCUUAAAUGAUCCAAAAGAGCAGUACGACGUUGUGAUAGCAGAAUGGCUUUAUACUGAACUUGGCGCCGGGGUAUCAACAGUUUUUAAAUGUCCAUUAAUAUGGUCCUCUUCUAUGGAUCCCCAUACUACUGUGCUAUCUCUGAUUCACGAACACCUAAAUCCAGCGUAUACGUUCGACCACAUGUCUGUUGACUACUCUUUUACAUUUUCGCAAAGAAUAUAUCAGUUGUGGGACUCAUUAAGUAUGAUGUAUUUUAAAUGGGUUAAUAAUGCUAAGCAGAAUGAAGAUUUUAAAGACAUUUACGAAUCAAUUUUGACUAAGAGAGGCCAACAAGUACCACAUUAUGAUGAGGUUAGAUACAAUGCUUCGUUAAUGCUCGGUAAUUCUGAUAUUACUACAGGCGAUGGAAUUGCUCUCCCUCAAAAUUAUAAGCAUAUUGGAGGAUAUCAUAUAAAGGAUGUUGUUGAACCGCUACCCAAGGAUAUGCAAGAGAUCAUGGAUAAAGCGGAACAUGGUGUAAUAUACUUCAGUAUGGGUAGUAACCUCAAAAGCGCCCACAUACCGAAUUCUGUCAAAAAAGAACUAUUACAAGUAUUUAGUGAACUAAAGCAAACUGUGAUUUGGAAGUUCGAAGAGACGAUGCCAAAUGUACCCAAAAAUGUCUAUAUGGUACCUUGGGCUCCCCAGCAGAGUAUACUCGCUCAUGCAAACAUUGUACUAUUCAUCACCCAUGGAGGUUUACUUUCAAUCUUGGAAACACUUCGUUUCGGAGUACCCAUAAUAGGAAUACCAUUCUUCGCUGAUCAGUACUUAAACGUUAACAGAGCUGUCGCCAAAGGUUUUGCUAAACGAUUAGAUUUUGACGAAAAUGCACCAAAAUCUUUGAGGAUUGCUAUAAAGGAAAUUCUUGAUGAUCCCAGCUACCAUCAACGGGCCAAGGAGCUAUCCACAGCUUUCAAUGACAGAAUGGUACCCCCUGGAAAAGAGCUGGUGCACUGGGUGGAACAUGUAGUGAAAACCGGCGGAGCACCUCAUCUACGGUCUGCAGCGUUACACGUUAGCUGGUAUAAGAAGCUAUAUCUAGAUUUAAUUUCUAUUAUAUUAUUAGGCAUAGUAGGGCUUAUCGUUGUUUUAAGAUAUACAUUAAGUACUCUUAGUGCCUCUAUAAGAAUUAGUAAGAAAAAGGUAAUG